AUGUCGUGGCUAUACUGUUUAGCCACGACCGGCAGGAUGGACUAUGUGACUGUUCCUGAUGAGCCCAGUGCCAACGGCGAGCCUGCUGAAGCUGUCAAGACGGUGUCAACCGAGGCCAGCACAAACGGACAAGCAACCACACCAUCACCUCAGAAACCACGAAAACGGAAACCAAACUAUAACUUGAUCCACAAGAAGCCUUUGCCCCUCGAAGCGUAUCCAUUACCAGCUUUCCAUCCGACAAAUCCAAUCUCACUACUACGGUUGGCAUACACAUAUCUAUUUCACCUGGUCUCGCCACCAUCAUCCCAUCCAGCAGAGCUAUACAUCGGCUACUUCUCACCAGAGAGUAGGUCCGUUCACGUCACAGAUCCAAAACAUGCCAGAGCACUAUGGGAAAUGGGCUUCUUCGGCAAGGGUACACUCAGCAGAAGUGAACCGAGCUGGCUAGAUCGAGAGAAAGCACAGCGGAAAGCGGAUCGAACUGGAGGCGGGACAGCGGAAGAGGCCACCAACAAACGCAGAGCUGAACGUAAAAUGUUCAAGCUCGAGCGUGCGAGAAUAGAGGCCGAACGUAUUGAGAAGCAAAAGCUGGUUGAAGAGGGGAAAUUAGACCCCUCUGUGCUCGAGAAUCUGGAGACAGAUGCUGCAAUUGCGAAGAGGAUCCUUGAGGAGCACAAUAGUGCACAAACAGAAGCGAACAUGAAAGAUCUGGAUCGAGCGGAGCCCAUCGGAACGAACGAUGAUUUGCAUCAGGAUCUGGAUAGUAUUGAGGACCAGGAACACUUACAGCUGACCCUGGAGGAAGCCUUCUUCCUCUCGUAUGGCCUUGGUGUACUUUCGAUCUGCUAUCAUCAUCCGACCGCUGGACCACACGAACCGUUCACCAAUCACAAUCUCCUCACACGAUUCUCUCACCACAGUAUCUUUCCACCACAAUCAGCCUCUUCAAUCGUGCCACCAGACAACCAAUUCCUCCUCAACUACGUCGUGUACCACCAUUUUCGAUCCUUGGGCUGGGUUGUCCGGCCAGGCGUCAAAUUUGCGGUUGACUACCUCCUCUACUUCCGUGGCCCAGUCUUCUCUCAUGCAGAAUUCGCCGUGAUCAUUGUGCCUUCGUACACGGACCCCUACUGGAAAACCAAGCAAGGUGUAAAGGAGAGACGAGUCAAGCAGACCAACGACUGGUGGUGGAUGCACUGUAUUAACCGAGUCCAGAGUCAAGUGCUGAAGACACUUGUACUUUGCUAUGUUGAGAUUCCUGCACCAUCAGCUAUCAACGGAACGGAGGAUGACGUUGGUGCUUUACUGAAGACCUUCAAGGUCCGGGAAUUCGUGGUCAAGAGAUGGGUGGCGAACCGACAGAGAGAUUGA